ACAAAACAAAGAUAAAGAUAUAAACAAGACGGAAUUCAACAAGGCAACAUUUGAUGGUCAGGUGACUGAAGCAACUGAUGGAGAAGUUGAUGCGGGAGGCUAGAAUUAUAAUACUUUAAAUCAAGAUGGCAUGUUUAACUGCAUCAAAUGGUUAUUACCGCUUUGUGGUGCUAUUUUUCAACUGUUUGUUGACUUUCGGAACAUAUUUUUGUUUUGAUAUGCCAAGUGUUCUUCAGGAUACCUUUGAAGCAAAAGAUGAUUGUAACAUUAAUGAUACAAGUGAGUGUACUGAUGGCCUUGGGCUUAGAUCCGACCAAUAUAACCUGUUGUAUGCAGUUUAUGCAUGGACAAAUGCUCUGGUUGUCAUAGCAGCAGGAUUUUUGAUUGACAAGCUAGGAAACCCUGUUGGAUUAUUUUUAUUCUCUGGACUGUGUCUUCUUGGCUCUUGUCUGUUUGCCAUUGGCGCCAUGCUGAAGGGAACAGCUGCAAUGUUUCCUGUGAUGUUACUGGGUCGUCUCCUCUUUGGUUCAGGAAAUGGUUCUCUGACAAUUGUUCAGAAUCGUAUCACUGCUUUUUGGUUCCGAGAUAAAGAACUUGCCUUUGCAUUUGGAGUUACUUUAAGUUUUUCAAGAGCAGGCAGUGUGUUAAACUUCUUCCUAACUAAGAACUUUGCAAAUAAUUAUGGCCUAGUAUGGACAUUGUGGGGAGGUACAAUUCUUGUUGCCGUUGGUUUCCUCUCUGCAAUUAUUACCAGUAUUCUUGAUGUUUUGGGAAUCAAACAGUUAGGUCAGGAAUUAAUUGUCAAAGCAGAAUCCAAGAAAGUACGUGUUAAGGACAUUUUGCACUUUUCGUUCCAGUUUUGGUUGCUCGCCUUAACAAUUAUGUUCUUUUACAACGGUGUCUUUCCAUUUGUUGCUGAUGGAAGUGAGUAUAUCCAACAAAAGUAUAAUUUCUCGGAUGAAUCCUUGACUCCAUCAUACUACACUGGAGCUACGUAUGAUGUUUCUCUCUGCCUCUCUCCCUUUCUUGGAAUAGUAAUUGAUUUUAUUGGCAUGCGUGGUAUUUUAGCAUUGUGUUGUGGACUGCUUACCAUUCCAGUGUUUGGAAUCCUUGCUUUCACCCACAUCAAUGCUCUGGUCUGUACUCUUUGGCUUGGAGUUACCUAUUCAUUUGCAGCCGCAAGUCUCUGGCCCUCUAUACCUUUGGUUGUACCACCAGCAACUGUUGGCACGGCAAUGGGUUUUACUACUUCAAUACAGAUGAUUGGAAUUGGUGUUUCAAACCUUAUCGUUGGUGAAAUAUUAGGUGAUAGUGAUAACAACUUGGGGAGAUGGAAGUGGGUGAUGAUAUUCUUGUUAGGUAACACCAUCUGUUGUGUUACAACAGCUGCUUUGCUGAACAUUAUUGACAGGAAAAGGGGUGGAGUCUUAAAUGAGAGCAGGAGAAUGAAACAAAUACGUCUGAAAGGUUGGAUGGAAAAGUCAAUCCAAUCAAUCGACUACAAUGGUGAAACUGAUCAAUUAGUGCCUAACACGGUUAUGCCAACUGCUGAUUGCUAAAACAUGGGCUACUAUCAAUAUACAGAAUAUUCAUGUCUCCUGUCUUUUUUGUUUUAUGCACAAAUAUGUCUUUGGUUACCUCAAAACUUUUGUCUGGUUACAACCAAACUACUGUAUAUUUUUUUAUGAAUCAUGGUGGAUA